AUGGAGACGACUGCAGAGGGUCUGUCCCGCUGCUGCAGCCACAAGACUCGUCCUGCAACGUUCUUCAUCCUGCAGACUGUGGGCGGAGCCAUCCUCUUCAUCACCGACGGAAUCGUGGGCUCGUACGCAGGCUUUGUGUACACGUACGCCGUGUCGCCUCCGUUCCUCAUGGCUCAUAAAACGGCGGGAUGUCUGAGCAGCGUGUUCUGGGCGUCCAUCACCUUCAGCAGACUGGGCUUCAUCCUCCUGUCCUACAGAUACUCUGCUCCCACACUCAUCACCUUCAGUCUGGUCGGGGUGCUGCUGGUCCACGGUCUCAUGCUGAUCUUCUAUCGCAGCUCAGUCUUUCUGUUUUUGGGGACGUUUGUUCUGGGUUUGUGCAUCAGCAGCGUGUUCCCCUGUCUGCUGGCCUUCACCGAGGACAUCCUGGACUACCAAGGCUGCGUCACCACGGUCCUGGUGACGAGUGCGAGCAGCGGAGAGAUGCUGAUGCAGCUCAUCGUGGGCUCUCUGAUCCAAAGCUACGGCAGCUACAGCUUCAUGCUCUGCUGCACCAUCUCAUCUUUUAUUGGAUUCUGUUUGUUUCUACUGUUUCUUUAUGUCCAUCAUCGCCACAAACACAGCUACAGCCCCAGCACAGACUGUGUCAAAGACCUGAAUAUGACAGAAAUCCCGAGGCCUUUGUCCGGAUCUUAA